CGCCGUCCACUACUCCACAAAGGCCCUGGGUGGGGGAGGCCUGUUAUCUUGUGGGUAAUUUUAAACGCAGCAAAUAAAAUACUCUAUAAUUACAAUUACAUUAAUACAGAUUUAAGCUGGCACCACAAGUGUCGAAAAGUUUUUCUAGUUAUAAAAUAGAGAAAUCACAUUAUCCAGUGAGUGAGUAGAUUCUAGUGAUAGGAUCAGAUGGAAGGGAAGUUCCAAUGACUUAGAAACACAAUAAAAAUAUUAUUAUCUAUGGGAAGAUCUAUCAAGUUAGAAUGUCAUAUCAACUGUCAAAAGAAUUUCGAAAUCCACCGGUGCGGUGCACAGUGCACUGUGUACAUUUUUUAGAUCGCGCGUAAAUACGAAAGUUAUUUUACUGUAUUUUUUUUUAUUAUAUUUACCAAAAAAUGAACGACAAAACUGUUUGUAAUAAUAUUAAGCCUAUUGCUUCAGACACUGUACAUAAGAUAUGCUCUGGACAGGUGGUCGUAAGUUUAGCUGUAGCUGUAAAAGAGUUGGUGGAAAACUCUUUGGAUGCAGGUGCAACUACCAUUGAUAUAAGAUUUAAAAAUCAUGGCAUUGAUUUAAUUGAGGUAUCUGACAAUGGCUCCGGAGUAACAGAAGACAACUUUGCAGCACUAACUUUGAAGUAUCAUACUUCUAAAUUAAAUGACUACUCAGAUUUACUGGGAGUUGAAAGCUUUGGCUUUAGAGGUGAAGCACUAAGUUCACUUUGCUCCUUAGCCAACCUAACAAUUACCACAAGACAUAAAAAUGCAGAAUAUGCAACUAAAAUAGAAUAUGACUGCAAAGGGAAUAUAACUAAACAGACACCAUGUUCCAGACAAGUUGGAACAACAGUCACCUUGACAAAUCUAUUCUCAUCAUUGCCUGUAAGACAAAAGGAAUUUCAUAAAAAUGCUAAACGAGAAUUUGUCAAAAUGACUCAGUUACUGUAUGCAUAUUGUUUGAUCUCUGUUGGAGUGAAAAUUACAUGUAGUAACCAAACCAGCUCCAACUCUAAGUCUGUGGUAGUUGCAACACAAGGAUCAACAUCCUAUAAGGACAAUAUAGCAAGUGUAUUUGGAGUUAAGCAACUUCAGACAAUACUAGAAAUUAACCCAGAAUAUGUUACAAAUAUUAAGGAUAAUAUUUUUAAGGGUCUGUCAGGUGAAGUUUCACAAACAGAUGAAAGUAUUGAUAUAGAAGAUGUUGAAAUAGAUUUAUCUGAAGAUUCCAAUGAAGCAGAUAAUAACAGUGUUAUAGAAUGUUCACAAAAAUCACAAGGUCAUAAAAAUGUCUCAAAACCAAUUGAAUUCACUGGUUACAUUUCAUCAUGUGCUCAUGGUAGUGGUCGAUCCAGCUCUGAUCGACAAUACUUCUUCAUUAAUAGUAGACCUUGUGAGCCAACAAAGAUAAUUAAAAUAAUAAACGAAAUAUAUAGGCAAUAUAACCCAAAUCAAUAUCCAUUUGUCUUCUUAAAUGUUAAUAUGGAAAGAUCCUCUGUGGAUGUCAAUGUUACUCCUGAUAAGCGAAAAAUAUUCCUAACGAAAGAGAAAAUAAUAUUAGACAUACUGAAAAAUUCAAUACUUAAAUUAUUCGAAAGUAUACCUAGAACAUUAAGGGUAGACUCAUCACUUACUGUAAGCAAAGGAGAAUCAAAUGAUUUGAAACCAGAAAUGAAUCAACCAAGAGUUUUUAAUUCUUUUUUGCAACAAUUUCAAAACAAGAAUCGGCAAAAUUGUCAUAACGAAUCUUCUAUAGAUAAUGAUUCAACCAAAGUGGAACUAAAACGAAAAUCUACCACAAUGCUGGACUUCAUCUCCUCAAAAAUUAAAAAGCCGGUUAUUGAAGAAUCUAAGUUUGAAGAUUAUAUUGUAAAAGAAGAAGAACAGGACACAGAACAAACUUUGAAAAAUACAGAUGAUGAACAAGAUUUAAGUGAUAAUAUUGACAAAGAACCUUUAUUAGACUCAUGUAAAACCGAAUUUAAAUGCGAUACAAGUGAUCAGACGUCUUGCGAUGAUUCUACAAAAGACGAAAGUAAUAUUUUGUAUUUAGAUUGCACUGACAAUAUGCCUAUGACGCAAAUAAGAAAAGUUUCAGAUGUUAUCAUAGAAAAAUCGCACACAAUAUACUGUAAAACAAAAGAUCCUAAAUGUAAAGGGAAUGGCACUAAUGACUCCAAUAGAAAUGUACAUAAAAAGUGCAAAAUUGUGACUGACAAAGAAGAUUUUGGAAAAAAUAACAGAAAAUCUGUAACCCUUAAAACUUCUUUGGACCAGGUCACAAAUUUGGCUGAAAUAUAUAACAAAAAUAAAUCAGAGUCCAAACCAACUAGAGUUAAAUUCAAGAGUGAAAUAAAUCCUGUAUUUAAUAAGAAGUGUGAAGAGGAACUAAGUAAAGAAAUAUCUAAAGACUCUUUCAAGGAAAUGAAUGUCAUAGGGCAGUUUAAUUUAGGUUUCAUAAUUACUCAACUAGAAGACGAUCUUUUCAUUAUAGAUCAACAUGCUACCGAUGAAAUUUACAAUUUUGAAACAUUACAAAGGACUACAGAACUAACAAGUCAAAAAUUAGUCAUACCUCAGCAACUUGAGCUCUCAGGAGUUAAUGAACAAAUCUUAAUGGAUAAUUUAGACGUGUUUAAAAAGAAUGGAUUCACAUUUGAAAUCAACGAAGAAGAGUUACCAACAAAAAGGGUAAAAUUACUAACAAUACCUAUGUCGAAAAACUGGAUUUUUGGAAAAGAAGAUAUCGAAGAGCUUUUAUUUAUGUUAAGAGAAUCACCUUCAGAAUACUGCAGGCCAAGUAGAGUACGAGCUAUGUUCGCAUCUAGAGCAUGUCGAAAAUCUGUAAUGAUAGGCACAUCCCUAAGCAAAGCUGAUAUGAAAAAACUCGUUGAUCAUAUGGCUGAAAUAGAUAAACCUUGGAAUUGUCCCCAUGGUAGACCUACAAUUCGUCAUCUCGUUAAUUUAGCUAUGGUCCACACCAAAGAGAAAAUUGAUUUGUGAUUAAUUUUUUAUCUACUGAAUCAAGGAUCAUGAAUACAAUAUUAAGUUUUUUUAUGAAGUAUUAUAGAAUUAAAAAAACUAAUUUAUA